GGCCUAUCUCGUAAGCAAAAUGAAGGUUUUCUUGUUUACUGAAGGUGACUUCACCAGUGAUCCCUGUAGCCGGGACAUCUGUCUAGAUUCAUCUUGUGUUCAUCAGAACAUUCAUUAGCGCUUUCAUAAGGAAUUCUCUUUGAAAGCUAGCGUCGUUCCCGUCAAGAUUCUCUGGUGCAUAAUGUCAACGACAGGUAAAGCAUCUCUCAUUCUUAUUGGACGCCACGGGGCUGGGAAAACAGCAGUUGUAGAGUCCAUUAUGGGGGCAAGUUUGAAGACUACUUCAAAGGAAUCGGAUAACAUUUACUCUGUAACAUCUUCUGAAACAUCAUUGAGGAUUUCUGAAACACCUGGAUUCUUUGCAGCAAACCCAGACACUGAUACCUGUAAAUUAAAAUUGGUAGAAAGUAUCAAAACUUCUCUUCCGGGACCCGAUGCUUUUGGACUGGUGAUUAAGAUAGGACGGUUCACAGCGGAAGAAAGAGAGAUGAUUGGCAUUGUAGAAGAAGUAUUUGGUGAGGAUGUGUUCCGAUUUACUAUUGUCAUCUUUACAAAGUUGGACGAACUCACCUACGAUGAUAUGACUUUGGAUGAGUUCCUUCAAGACAGUACGCCAGAACUUCAGAGGUUUUUAACGGCAUGUGGUGGGCGGUAUAUUGGCUUUGACAACACGGGAGACUGGGAGACCAGGGCGAAGUAUGGAGAGAGACUUGUAUCCAUGUUGAAGGAUCUCCAGACGCAGAACAGCAACAUGGUCUACACCGUGGCCAUGCUUGAUGAGGCCACUGGGUGUCAGCAGAAGAAAGAGGAAGAAGAGAAGAGAAAACAGGAGGAAGAGUAUAGGAGAGAGAAAGAAGAAAUGAAGAAAGGGGUGCGUGAAGAGAUUAGACGAGAGUUUGAUGCAAAGUUGAUACGAGAGACGACAACACAGACGCCCCCAGCCAUUCCUACAGAUGAUGUCCCUUCACUGUUAGGACCAGAAGUGGAAAAGAAGGAGCUGGAAUCAUCACCCCUUCUUGACAUAUCAACAUCCAGCACAUAUGCAAAGACGCCAAACUCAGGCAGAACCAUGGGAAGCCUUGUGGGUUGCUUUGGUUGUAAACAUAAGACGUCAUCGCCUGACAAUAACCAUCCUCGAUUAUCCGACGAAACAGAUUCCACUGGGCAUGGAGAAGAACCUUCGACAAAAGGGCAAGAAGAAACACGAUCAAAAUGCUUCAUUAUCUAAUUGGCAAAAUGAUCUUUAAAUUUUGUUAUCUAGAGUUUGUAUUUCUAAUAUUCCGUUUUUAUAUCACAGAACAAACAAAGCCGAACCAUUAUUAUGAAGCACGCAUUUCCUGUAAAGGUCAGACACAUUGUUCAUGGCUAGAAAUUUGAGUUCAUAAUUUUAAUAUAACAUAGGGUUAAUGGCGUUUUUCGCCACAGACAACACAUUGUCACCUUAAUCACAGCGGUAUACAUUGAUGAGGCUUGAUCAGGCCAACUUCGGGUUAAUAGCAUGAACAACGACUUGCGUUUACGUUUGAAUAUAUGGGCGGAUUUGGUGAAGAUAAAUGGUUGUUUUCAGUGUUUAUUGUUUGUUAGUACGUAUUAGAUUAUUUUUUUAAUUCAGUGAUGACAACACUUAUUCUGUAUAUAAUGAAUUCAUUGUCAUAAAUAACCCAAUUAACAA